CGGUCUUGGGCGGCAGCACAAGGCGGAAGCCAUGGCGGAGGCGGCGGCUGCAGCCGGUGGGACGGGCGCGGGCGUGGGCUCCGGCUCUGCCGCGGACCGGGACCGGGACCGCGCCGGGCGGAGGCUCCGGGUUCUCUCGGGCCAUCUCCUGGGCCGGCCCCAGGAGGCUGUGAGUACCAAUGAGUGCAAAGCGCCGAGAGCCGCGUCGGCGGCCACGGCGGCGCCCAGUGCCGCUCCCGCCGCGCAGGAGUCAGGCACCAUCCCCAAGAAGCGGCAAGAAGUUAUGAAAUGGAAUGGAUGGGGAUAUAAUGAUUCCAAGUUCUUCUUCAAUAAAAAAGGCCAAGUUGAGUUGACUGGGAAAAGGUAUCCUCUUAGUGGUAUGAUUUUACCAACUUUUAAAGACUGGAUUCAAAAUACCCUUGGAGUAAGUCUGGAGCAUAAAACUACCUCUAAACCAUCCCUAAAUCCUAGUGAUACACCUCCUUCUAUUGUAAAUGAAGAUUUUCUUCAUGACCUUAAAGAAACUAGUAUUUCGUAUUCACAAGAAGCAGAUGAUCGAGUAUUUAGAGCUCAUGGUCAUUGUCUUCAUGAGAUAUUUUUGCUCAGGGAAGGAAUGUUUCAGCGAAUUCCUGAUAUAGUUUUAUGGCCAACGUGUCAUGAUGAUGUAGUUAAGAUUGUGAAUCUAGCGUGCAAAUAUAACCUUUGUAUCAUACCAAUUGGUGGAGGAACAAGUGUAUCAUAUGGCCUAACGUGUCCUGCAGAUGAGACAAGAACAAUUAUUUCUUUGGACACUUCACAAAUGAAUCGAAUCCUCUGGGUUGAUGAGAACAAUCUGACAGCUCAUGUGGAGGCUGGUAUCACAGGACAGGAGUUGGAGAGACAGCUUAAAGAAAGUGGUUAUUGUACAGGUCAUGAACCAGAUUCCCUGGAAUUCAGCACUGUGGGAGGAUGGGUAUCUACUCGGGCAUCGGGCAUGAAGAAGAAUAUCUAUGGCAAUAUUGAGGACCUGGUGGUUCAUAUAAAAAUGGUAACACCUAGAGGUAUAAUAGAAAAAAGCUGUCAAGGACCUCGUAUGUCAACAGGCCCUGAUAUCCAUCACUUCAUCAUGGGAUCUGAAGGAACUCUUGGUGUGAUAACAGAAGCUACAAUAAAAAUCAGACCAAUCCCUGAAUACCAAAAGUAUGGCUCAGUAGCUUUCCCUAAUUUUGAACAAGGAGUAGCCUGUUUAAGAGAAAUUGCAAAACAGAGAUGUGCUCCUGCAUCUAUCCGCCUCAUGGACAACCAACAGUUUCAGUUUGGUCAUGCUCUUAAACCUCAGGUUUCCUCUAUUUUCACAUCAUUUUUGGAUGGCUUAAAGAAGUUUUAUAUUACAAAGUUUAAAGGAUUUGAUCCAAAUCAGCUAACUGUCGCUACAUUACUGUUUGAGGGGGACCGUGAGAAGGUUCUUCAACAUGAAAAACAAGUGUAUGACAUUGCUGCAAAAUUUGGUGGGUUGGCAGCUGGAGAAGAUAAUGGACAGAGAGGUUAUUUGCUGACCUAUGUCAUUGCAUACAUUCGAGACUUGGGUUUGGAAUACUAUGUAUUAGGAGAGUCUUUCGAGACUUCAGCUCCUUGGGACAGGGUUGUGGAUCUCUGUAGAAAUGUAAAAGAACGAAUAACAAGGGAAUGCAAAGAGAAGGGUGUUCAGUUUGCUCCUCUUUCUACCUGCAGGGUGACGCAGAUUUAUGAUGCAGGUGCAUGCAUCUAUUUCUACUUUGCCUUUAACUACAGGGGAAUAAGUGACCCACUGACUGUGUUUGAACAAACAGAGGCAGCUGCUAGAGAAGAAAUCCUUGCUAAUGGAGGGAGCCUGUCGCAUCACCACGGAGUGGGCAAGUUACGGAAGCAGUGGCUAAAGGAAAGUAUCUCUGAUGUCGGCUUUGGGAUGCUGAAGUCUGUCAAGGAAUAUGUGGACCCCAAUAACAUCUUUGGAAACAAAAACCUUUUAUAAAUCUAUUACUGUUGUUAUGAAAAAUGUCACUUUUUUUUUUUUUUUUUUAAGUCUUCGACUACGGUUAUACCGGUAAUCAAAUAUAUCAUGGACUGUAUUUCAGCAAAAAUUUUUUUUGGUUGAAAAUAAGUUGUUUCAUUCUGUAUUUGUUUUGUUUCUACAUCUAUGGAUUGACAGAUGGUAUUUCUAAAUCUCUCUCAUUGUAGGUGCAUCAGUUUACCGCCAAUUGGUAGUCAUUUCAAAUUUUAGUCAGGCAGCACAAGUCUGCUAGUUGUUAUUUCAAAGGAAGAUGUUGCCAGCUGGUCUGUAUUGAUGCUUCCCCUUGGGAACAAAGGCAGAUUUUGGCGUCAUCCACUGCUUAUCUAGCCUCUUUUUAAAAGGGCGUUUCUGGGAAGCCGGUAUCAAGGGAAGGAUUCCGUUGAGGAGUGAUUACACAUUCUAGUGUGAGUAGGCCAUUAAGGAGGGUACUCAUGAAAGAACAUAGGCAACCUGUUAUUUAGGAUACC